AUGGAUUUAACCGACGAAAUAUAACUUUCGAAUGGUUAAAGAAUGUAAGUUAUGGAAUGCCGGAACCAGAUGGCCCUCAUAAACAGAUCGUGCGUCCCGAAACGGUUUCCAUUAUAGCAACACAUUCGAUCAGGAAAAGUUAUCACGGAUACAUCGACGUCAAUCUUGUUGCAACUGGUAAUUCUGCAUUUACAGUACUUGGAUCAACUGUAAUUCGUAGUUCGCCAGGUUGUUGUUUUUCCGAUUGUACGACCAAUGUUGUAUGCAUGACGUUCACUCGAUUUAAAAACAGGAAAGAAGGAAAAACCGUUCUCACAAAAUUGCAUAUUUUCAGUUACCUGCAUCCGAAGUUUCUCUAUUUCAUGUAUCACAUAAGUGGUCCAACGAAGUAAGC